CUUUGUUCCCAACGCGCGCCGCAUCUCCACGCUGGAAAUACGGCGUUCGAGGGCGCCACAAACCGGGGAAGGCGCACACGACAGCAACCGACCCAGGACCGCCCUACGAGGCAGCCCCGUGCGCGAAUCCCGUAAAAACUGGACGCUGAACAGGGCAGCCUCUGAACAGGCGCCCUGAACAGACAGCGCAUCUUACAAAAACAAAGUCGUGACGCCGCCGACGCUCCACGACCAUGGGCGCCGGCGCGAGCACGAUCGCGGACUACAAGGAGGCCGCGAGUAAAUCGGACGAGUCGAGCUUUCCCGAGGCCUUCGCGCAACUAAAAACCAGUGUCGAGGCUUUCGAGGGCGACGCAGAAGCCGCAUUAAAAUAUGCGGAGGAGCAGUGCAAGGCUUUGAGUUUGAACGUCACGCUGCAGAGCUCCAACGGCCUGAGUUUGAAGGUGACCGGUGGUUCAGGUGAGGCUCCAGCAGCUGAAGAACCAGAACAAUCGAACGAAGAGCUCGAGAAGAUCGCGGACGCUGUAGCGUUAGAGCUCCUCGAAGCGAAGACGCAGUCGAUCGUCUGCCUGACGGAUGGCUCGAACAAUGCGCACAAGGCCUUCGAAGUGGCCAAAGCGCUGCGCAAGGACGAUGAUGUGCUCAGUGUCGUCCACAUCAAGUCCGACAAGGACUACCACGACGCCGCGACGAACUUUAAGUCCGACCAGAUCCAGCUCAGAUACGAGACGGAGUUGACGCCAUUGCUACCGUCGAGCAAGUGGCGCUACGACAUGGUCACCAAGAAAGAUAACGUGUCCACCAAACGAGCCGUGGGCUUGUGGGUGUCUGGUCUCAGGGACGUGCCCAUCGACGAUCCGAAGCGCCUGCCGAUGCCGAACUUCCUGUGCAUUGGUUUCUCUGGUAGAAAAAACAUGAGUGAUGAAGCGCCGUCGGUCCUGGGCCAGGUCGCGGAUCUCAGUUUGAGGACGGUGCCGUGCCCUUGUGUCGUGGUGAAGUACCCCCCGUCGGACGGCCCGAAGUCGUUCUGUCUGUUGGUGGCCGACCUGCCGCGGUGCUGGAUGGCCUUUGAACUCCUGCUACAUUUACCUGCCGAGGGUGAUUCAUUGAAGCUGAUCCACAUCCACGAGGAUGUUGCUGCCAAGCUCGGCGAGGCCGACGAGCUCAAGGCCAAAUAUGAAAAAUAUUUAGCUGAACACCCGACGAAGUUCAAGGUCGAGUUCGAACUGAAGGGCAUGGCACGCGGCACUUCUAAAAAUGAAGUGAUCCACGGCCUGCUCGACGACGCGACGUACGAGUACAUCGCGCUCGCGACGCACCCGAAGGACCACAUCGGUAGUGUCGCGGACUACCUCAUCAAGAACUACAAGGGCAACAUCAUCUGCUUCAAGGGUGAAAAUGCCGAGCGGAACGUCAUGUACGCCUAGAGAUCGGCGUAAGGGCACAUCACUACU